AAAAUGUUUAUUCAAAAAUUCUUAUUCAAAUAUAUAAUAUAUAAUAGAUACAAAAAAUAGAUAAUAAUUUAUAAAUAAUAAAUUCAAAAAAUAUUAAUUAAAAUAUAAAUUAUAUAAAUACAAAUAAAUUUAAAAUUAAAAUUAAAAAGAAACUAAUAAUAAUUGAUACGAAAUAUAGGGAAUUUUUAUUUAAUAGAGUGCGCUAUUUUAUAAUUAAUGGAAUAAUUGUUUAAUCUAUGUAAAUAAAGAUAAAAAUCAACACAAUAUAAUUGUUAUAAAUAUUUAACAUUCAUUAUAUUUUAAUUUAAAGUUUUUAAAAUAUUAUAUAAGAUAUUCGUAUUAGUGAACAUUUCACAAUGUUUCUUGUUCUAGAUAUUGAAUUCAUACGUCGUAGUUUUACAUUACGGGAUAACCAACAUGGCAGUGUAUUCAAAAACUACUCUUUAUUCUUAUGAAGAAUAAUGAUAGUAUAUAUAAUGAAUAAAUAUUUUAUCAAUAUUUUAUAAAAUGAUUAUGUUUGAAUAGUAAAAAAAAAUAUAAUAUGUUAAUUAUAAACAUAUACUUCAAUAUGCAAUAAACCGGAAGAGAUCUAUAACGUAAUUGAUCAGCCAUCAUCAAUUCUUCAUUGACCAAGUUUGAAUCUUGUAACGGUCGCAUAGGUAGAUGGAUCCAGUUUACCUUUACUACAUCUCUCUAACCUUCUGUGUGUUUAUAUUUAUGAUCUCUGAUUGUGUUAAUUAAAUUGUAUCCUUUCUUAUAUCGGCUACGCUGAUGACAGGCUUGCUCAGUUGGUAUUCACAACAUCAGAUAAUAAAUACAAACCAAUAAUGGAGGAUACAAAUGACUUGUUAUUAUGUGCUUCAGAAUUCAUAAAAGAUCGAUUAUAUUUUGUCACAUUAAAGACAAUGACAAAACCAAAGAGUACUCCAAACACCCAUUAUUUCAGUAUUGAUGAUGAAUUGGUUUAUGAAAAUUUCUAUGAUGAUUUUGGUCCAUUAAAUCUUGCUAUGUUAUAUCAUUAUUGCCAAAAAGUUAAUAAAAAACUUAAAGCAGUAACAUUAAGAAAGAAAAAGAUUGUACAUUAUACGAUAAUGGAUCCAGCAAAGAGAGUUAAUGCUGCUUUUCUUAUAGGAAGUUAUGCUAUAUUAUAUUGUAAACAUACUGCAGAAGAAGCAUAUAAUUGCUUAACCAAUAAUCCUGAUAGUCCAUCUUUUAUAAUGUUUCGAGAUGCUUCUGUUGGUACACCAUGGUUUGAAAUAUCUUUGAUUGAGUGUCUCAGUGCUAUAUAUAAAUGUCACAAACUUGGAUUUUUUAAUUUUCAAGAUUUUUGUGUUAAAGAAUAUGAAUAUUUUGAAAGAGUAGAAAAUGGAGAUUUAAAUUGGAUUAUUCCUGGUAAAUUUAUAGCAUUUUGUGGCCCUUAUGCUAAAUUCAAAAUAGAAAAUGGAUAUCCACUUCAUGCACCAGAAUCAUAUUUUACAUAUUUCCAUUAUAAUAAUGUAACUACAAUUAUACGUCUUAAUAAAAAAAUUUAUGAUGCUUCAAUCUUUACGGAUGCUGGAUUUGACCAUAAAGAUUUGUUUUUUCUUGAUGGUUCAACUCCAACAGAUUCAAUUAUGCGACAAUUUCUUAAAAUAGCAGAAAAUGCAAAUGGCGCUGUUGCUGUACAUUGUAGAGCUGGACUUGGUAGAACAGGUUCAUUGAUAGGUUGUUAUAUUAUGAAACAUUAUCAUUUAACAGCUCAUGAAACAAUUGCAUGGAUACGAAUAUGUAGACCAGGCUCAGUAAUUGGACAUCAACAGGAAUGGUUAGAAAAAAAAGAAGCAUAUCUUCAUUCUUUACUAAAAGAGCCAUUACAAGCUCACAAUGGAAAACCAGUUCAUGAAUAUGGAAUAUAUUCUAUAAUUGGUAGACCAAAGACAUCAUUUUUAUCCAGUCUAAAAACCGCUCACGUGAUGCAAGAUAAUGUUUCAGGAAUAAUGCAUUGUGUAGAUGGAAUUACACUAGAUGAUCAUGCAAGUACUAGUACUACCUUAACUCAAGGUGAUAAAUUGAAUCAAAUAAAAGCUAAAAGAAAACGUUUACCAACAAAUCAUACUUCUUUAAAUACAACUUCUAGACCAUCAACAGUUGUAAAUCCUUAUUUAAGAUCAUUAUUACAAACAAGAACUCAAAAGAGUACAAUUAAUACAUUAAGUGGAAAUAAAGAAAAGGAUUCAACAAAAAGACUCCUUCCUAGAUCUACUACUACAACUACAAUCUCUAAAAGAAAUAAUUGGCUAGUGAAUAGUACAUGUGAACCUUCACAUCGUAUAAAGUCUACUAAACCAACAACACGACUUCAUAAUAUCAACAACAAUACAUCUUCUAAUACACGUGUUACAUCAAUGUCUGUAUCAAAACCAGUGACAAGGGCCAGUAUAAAAACUUCCUGCCUCACAGAGACUCAAACUACAAAUGCAUCUGCAAACAAUUUGAUUACACAACCGCAGCGAGGCAUGAAUAUGAUUCUCAGGUCUGCAGAUCGAGUAAAUCGCUAUCAUUCUCUAAGACAUGCGCGAACGACCAAAAGUUAUAAAACUGCAUUUAUCAGAUGACUAACCGAUAUUCUCAAUGGCAUUGGGGAAGACAAUCUGAUAACUCAAGCAUCUCGACGCAGAAGAUCUCAUCGUUUAAAUUCAAUCAUUCAGUAAAAACAUUUCACUAAUCAUCCAUUUUCAACUUAAAUAAUUGUUGUUGUGAUCGAAAAAGAUCAAAUAGUCUUAUCAUUGUCAUAUACCUUUUUCAAGUUAGUUAUUUUAUGUUUACAUUUCUAAAGUUGGAUUGUAAGUUUCUCAUAAUCAUGAAUGUAUUCUACAUGGUUUUUAAAAAUUCUUCCAUAUUUUACGAUACGUUGAACGUUCGUAAAAGCAAAAAAAAUAUAAUUUUAUUGAUCUUAAUUUACUACACUAUUCUUCUGCUGGUCAGAAAAAUAAUAUGAAUAUUAUUAUUAUAAUUAUGAAUAAUUAUGGAUAUUAAUUUUUAAGUUUAAAAAUUUUCACAUUUUUUCUUGCUAUUUUUAGUAAAAAAUUAUGUAUUAAAAUUUAUUCGAGCUUAAAUUUUAUUAAAAUAUUAUCGAUAAUCAUAUAAAGAUUUUUUAUUUAUGAAAUUACUUAUACAUAUAUUAUCAAUCUUGUACACAAAGAUUUUCGUAUGAAAUGAUAUUUUCUUUUGUUUAUUUUUUGUUUCUUUUUAUAAUAUUUAAAAUCAUUAUUAAUUAAAAUUAUUUAUAAAAUUUAAUUUUAAUGUUUAUUGAUAUGCAAUACUUCAUAUGAAUCAUAAUUUCUAUUAUUUUCAAUGAGAAAGAUAAUAAAAUGAAUAGAAACUUAAAAUCCUAAUAUGUAUUUUCAUUUAUAUCUAUGUGAUUAAUAUAAUUUAUUUAUCUUCUUGUAAAAGAUAAAGUUUAAAUAUAAUUUUUGAAUAUGUAUCUAUUGAAUUAUAGAAUCUAUAGAAUCUAUAAAAUAUAUCUAUUGAAUUAUAAAUAUUAAAUAGAUUUUUAAAUUUUAAGUUUAUUUUUUGUGAUGAUAUGAAUUUUGUAAUUAGAAUUAGUAGAUUGUAGAAACUUGUUAUUAUGCUAAUUAUAUUAAUAUUCUUAAUGAGAAAUUGCAAUCAUAAUGUAUCAAAGAUCAAUUUAUAUAUAAUAUACUUACAUACGUGCUAUUUAACAUAAAAUUAUUAUAAUCAAUAUAAUUACACUAAUAUUAUGUAGCAAUUUUAAUUAUAUCUUCAAAUUAUUUUAUUUAAUUAUAUAUAAAUAUAUAAAAAUAAGUAAUUUGCUUUUAUUUUUUUGUAUUGUCAUUAAUAUAAAACAUAUCAACAAAUGUGAUUUAAGAAAUAGCUGAAAAAUAAUAAAAGAUUUUUUGAAAUAAAAAUUUUCUUAUUUCACUAUAGAAAAAAAGCAUAGAUAUUAUAAAUAAUUGAAAUUGAAGAUACAAAUUUUAUUGAAAAAAUAAUUUAAACUAACAAUUUUAAUGUUAUAUUUGUUUAUAAAUAUAAUUAAAUAUAUAUAUAGUUAUAAAUAUAAUUAAAAAUCAUUCUAAUAAAAAUUUUAAUAUUUUUUUAAAUAAUCUGAAGAUAUAAUUAUGUGUAUUAAUAUUUGUUUCAUAGCUUUAUAUAUUAUGUAAAUAACGUAUGUAAGUUAAUAUGUAGAAAUGCUGUUAAAUACAAUUAUAAAUCUCAGAUGAUAAAAAUACUGUUGCUAUUAUAAAUGUUGAUACAUUUUCACGCCUUGUUUUUUUUAAUAAAAAGCACUGCUUUUAGAUGUUUUUAAUUGUAAUAGCAUUUAUAAAACAAAAUAUUUAGUCUAAAUAAUAUAUUUUAUGGUGAUUUUUAUACUUCUUAGUAAUUUACUUUUUGUUUUGCUAAUAAUGAUAUAUAAUUUUGCUAUAUAAUUUUACUUUAUAUUUAUGCAAAUGCAAUUACAAUUUGAUAAGAUAAUAUUUUUAAAAUUUUCAUAAUAUUGAAUGCUAAAACAAUUUUAUUAUAUAUUUUUAAGUUUUUAAAUAUAUAAAAAAAACUUUAUGAAUUUCAUUUUUAUGACAAUAAAAUAAUAAUUAAAAUACUUUCAUAUGAGAAAAUGAAAGAUUAAUGUAUGAUUGGAUAUGAUUAUGCAUAAUAUGAUUUAUGUAAAAUUAUUAUUUUAUUCUAUUUAUAUAUGUAUUUAAAUUAAAAAAUUUAAAUUAGUAAAUAUAUGUCAUUAAUAAUAUGUAACAUGAUGAAAAUAUGAAAAAUUUAUUAAUAAUACUACAUUUAUUUCAGAAAAAUAUAUACAUAACUUGUAUAUUUAUAAUGUGUAUAUACAUACAAAAAUUAAUAAAUAUUUUGUUAAAUUAGUGUAUUUCUUAAAAGAAUAAUAUUAAUACAUAAUAAUAAAGAUAUUUUAAUAAUGUAAAAUAAGAUGUUGUAUCUUAUUAAAAUUUAAAAUGAAAAAAAAUAAAUUUUUUCUAAUUAAAAAAAUUAUUAAUUAAAAUAUAAAACUAUUAAUUAAAAUAUAAAUAUCAUUAUUUUAAGAAAAAAAAUUAUGAUUCAAUUAUGAAUCAAAAUUAUCAGAUUAUGAUUAAAAAUUUAUAUUAUCAUUUAAAUAAUUUUAAUUAAAAAUUGAAUUUCGUUUAAUAUUUUUCUGUGAAAUUUAAUUUCAUUAAUAAAAUUGAUUAUAAAAUUACAAUAAUAAGUUAAAAAGCAAUAUAUAUUGUCAUAAUGUAUAUUAGAGAAAUUUUAUUUUAAUAAAAAUCAAUAUAUUUUUGAUGAAAUUUUGAUUAAUUAUUAUUUAGAUAUAUUUAAUAUAAUAUAAUAUGUUUUAUAAGUGUUAUAUUAAAUAUUUUUAUUAUAUAAAGAAAAUAAAGAAAAAAAAUAAUUGAAUAUGUAUAUAUAGACAUAUACAUUUUCAAUUUUUGCCUUGAAUGUACAAUUAAAUCAUAAGCAAAUUUUUUUAUAUAUUUUACGGAGAGAAAUAUAACUAAGUCUAAAAUAUUUUAUUUAAUCUAAUCUUUCUAAUUUGAUUUACAAUAUACGCACAUUAUAUUGUAAUAUUAUAAAUAUGAUUUUCUUUAUUGUAUAAUAUUGUACUAAUAAUAUAAAUUAAAAUGCAACAUUAUUAUUAUAUUGGAAAAAUAUUUUUAUUCAUUGUUAUAAUUAUAUUAAAGUUUCAUUAAAGUUUCAUACAUCAUCUUUUGAUAAUAUAAUAUAUCGGUGUUUAAUGUAUUAUUUUAGUAAGUAUAUAAGCUUUUUAGAGUUAUUAUAUAUUAAAUAUUUAAUGUGCUUUAUGUAAACUUAUAUGUAAACACUAUAUUUAUACUAUAUUAUACUUAAUAAAAACUAUGUAUUUUACUUA